AAUGAAACCACCGGACUAUCUCCCUCGCCCUCGCUCACCUGUCACCUCGCUGGACUAGUAUUCAAACUACUUUAGCUCGCCGUCCCAUCGAGAAAGCAUCUCCAGUGGUUCCUUCACACGCCCGGAAGAAUAAAUAAACAGCUGGAAUUCCGCUGCUUGCUGCACCUUCCCGUUUCGUCCCUCUUAUCGCCGGCUUUUCCUUCUUCUUCUACUUCUUCUUCUUCUUCUUCUCCUCCCCCUUCCUCUUCCUCCUCUCUUCUUCUUCCUCUCCACAACCCACUUCCCCAUUCCCGGUUGCAUUGCAUCCAUCCAUUGCUCGUGCCUGUCUGCCUACCUCUCUUAUCCCCAUUCAAUUGUCAUCGUCAGUCGGGUCAUACUUCUACCUCUCUUACUCACUACAUCCAACAUCUUGUUUCUAUUCCCAGCUUCAUUCACAACACACAUCAAUCACCAUGCUUCCUCUCGUCUUCAUGGGUCUGGUCGCUGCGGCCACCGCGUCCAGCAACUACACCUUCCCCGGCGGCUUCAACCUGAGCGCCAUUAGCUACUCCACGCGAUCCUCCUGGUGUACUGCCGAGCGCAACUCGUGCCCCGAAAUCUGCGGGGGAGUCGCCACUAGCAACUCGUGCGAUGCGAGCACUCUGGACUUCUCUUGCGUCUGCUCCAAUGGCUCGACCGCCGACGUGGCGCUGUACACGCAGACCAUCCCCUUCUACGUCUGUCAGGCGACCUAUGCCCAGUGCAUUGAGGCCUCGCCCACACUCGACGAGCAGGAGGAGUGCAAGGCCGAGGAGACCAAGAACUGUGGCACGCUGAACGCCUCGGCCGUGGCCUCUGGGUCGUCGACCACCACCAGCGCCACCUCUCUGACCACUGCCACCAGCACGGCCAGCAGCAGCAGCUCUGACGACAAGACCACCACUGCCACCAGCACGAGCAGCAGCUCCUCUUCCUCGUCUACCGCCAAUGCCGCGGUGCGUCUGGCGCAGGAGCACGCCACGGGGUUGCUGGCGACCGUGAUGUUCCUGGGUCUGGGACUGGUUCUGUAAAAGGCCGGCCGAUGAUGGCAUGGAAUAUCUGGGGGAGCUGUUAGUAAAAGGAUAGGAUCGUUUGUAGCCACUCUUGGGGUCGAUUGGGUGUAAUGAAGGGGAAAGUAAUCGUGGUUCUUGGUGGUGGUAUUGCGUUGUUCCUGUUGCAUGUUCUACGACUUGAUGUCUCGUACGAUUCCCCCCUCGCGCCUGGGAGUUAUUCAGUGUAAUAAUGAAGAAGUGUAUUC